GGCGCAAGAUGGCUGCGCUGGGCAGGCUGGCGCCGGGGCUGUGCCGGUCGCUGCUGAGGCCCGGCGGGCCCCGGGAGGCGGCUGCGGCGGCGCGGCGCGGGGUGCGGGCGCUGCGGAGGAGCCCCGUGCGGGUGCUGCCGCCGCGGAAGGAGCGGGGCGCGGCGGGAGAGAAGCAGGAGAAGCAGCCGAGCCCCAAGAAGCCCCCCCCGCCGCCGCCAGCGGUGGAGCGGAGCUCGGCCGGGCCGGGGCUGUGGUACGAGAAGGCGGCGCCCGGUGACAGGAGGCUGGGAAAAGUGGUGACUCUCGCCAAGUCGAAGAAGUUUCGGGAUCACCACGGGAAGGUUCUGCUGGAGGGUCACAGGCUGAUCAAGGAUGCCCUGGAAGCGGGAGCUGUGCCGCAGACCUUCUUCUUCAGCACCAUCGGGCACCUGAAGGAGCUGCCCGAGGCCAAGCUGAAGCAAGCCAGCUUAGUUAAGGUGAAAUUUGAAGACAUUAAGAGCUGGUCAGACCUCAUAACUCCUCAGGGGCUUAUAGGGAUCUUCUCCAAGCCUGACCAUGCCAAGAUGUCCUAUCCUGCUCCUCAGCUGACCAGCUCCUUGCCACUGCUCCUCAUCUGCGACAAUAUCCGAGAUCCAGGAAACCUGGGGACUAUUCUGAGAUCUGCAGCAGGAGCAGGCUGUGAGAAAGUGCUGCUCACCAAAGGCUGUGUGGAUCCCUGGGAGCCAAAGGUGCUCCGGGCAGGCAUGGGGGCUCACUUCCGACUGCCCAUCAUCGCCAACCUGGACUGGGAAUCUGUUCCCAGCAGCCUUCCUGCUGGUGUCCAGGUUUGUGUGGCUGACAACAAAGACCCGAGAGGAGCUGAUGGGUCUGGCUCUGCUGACAGCCCAAAGGCUCCUGUGGAAUCCAAACCCAGAGCUGCUCCUGAGCAUGAGGAUGAAGAGGGAGAAGCAGGUGUCUGCAUCCCAGAGCUGCCUGCACAGUAUUACUAUGAGAGCUGGACACAGACUCCGGUGGCAGUGGUGAUCGGCGGAGAGACCCACGGUCUGAGUCCCGACGCGCUUCACCUCGCAGCCAGCACGGGUGGGAAGAGACUGGUCAUUCCUGUGGUGCCAGGCGUGGACAGCUUGAACUCUGCUAUCGCUGCUGCCAUUGUGCUGUUUGAGGGGAAGAGACAGCUGCUGCAGAGGCACAAGCAGGAAGAUGAAAGGCAGAAGUUCCCUGUAGUGGGCUGAACUGAGGUUUGGGUGCUGAUGAAGCUUCUCUUCCCUUUGGCGCGCUGUAGAGUUAAUAAAGGAGCAGCUCGGGCUGUUUGUUUUUCAGUAAA